AUGGGUCCGCGCUGCUGGCGCUGGUGGUCCGCGUGGCCUCGGGUCCGGCCCCCUCCCUCCAGGAGCACUCCGACCCCAGGCUUCUGCCAUCAUCAGUUCUGCACACAGGAGAGGACCCCUCAGAUCUGUGUGGUUGGCAGUGGCCCGGCUGGCUUCUACACAGCCCAACACCUGCUGAAGCACCAUACUCUGGCCCACGUGGACAUCUAUGAGAAGCAGCUUGUGCCCUUCGGCCUGGUGCGCUUUGGUGUGGCACCUGACCAUCCCGAAGUAAAGAAUGUCAUCAACACGUUUACACAGACAGCCCGCUCAGACCGUUGUGCCUUCCGGGGCAAUGUGGUAGUGGGCAGGGACGUGUCGGUUCCGGAGCUUCAGGAAGCCUACCAUGCCGUGGUGCUGAGUUAUGGAGCAGAGGACCACCAGACCUUGGAGAUUCCUGGUGAGGAGCUGCCUGGGGUGGUCUCAGCCCGAGCCUUUGUGGGCUGGUACAAUGGGCUCCCCGAGAAUCAGGAGCUGGCGCCAGACCUGAGCUGUGACACCGCCGUGAUUCUGGGACAGGGGAAUGUGGCUCUAGAUGUGGCCCGGAUCCUUCUGACCCCACCUGAGCACCUAGAGAAAACAGACAUCACAGAGACUGCUUUGGGGGUGCUGAGGCAGAGUCGGGUGAAGACUGUGUGGAUAGUGGGCCGACGUGGACCCCUGCAAGUGGCCUUCACCAUUAAGGAGCUCCGAGAGAUGAUUCAGUUGCCAGGAACCCGGCCCAUUUUGGAUCGUUCGGAUUUCUUGGGCCUCCAGGACAAAAUUAAGGAUGUCCCCCGUCCAAGGAGGCGGCUGACAGAACUACUGCUUCGGACAGCCACAGAGAAGCCAGGGAUGGAAGAGGCUGCCCGCCAGGCAACGGCCUCCCGAGCCUGGGGCCUUCGCUUUUUCCGAAGCCCCCAGCAGGUGCUUCCCACACCAGAUGGGCGACGGGUAGCAGGCAUCCGCCUGGCAUUUACCAGAUUAGAAGGUGUUGGUGAGUCCACUCGGGCAGUGCCCACGGGAGAUGUGGAGGACCUCCCUUGUGGGCUGGUGCUGAGCAGCGUUGGAUAUAAGAGCCGUCCCAUCGACCCCAGUGUGCCCUUUGACCCCAAGCUUGGAGUCAUUCCCAACGUAGAGGGCCGGGUUGUCAAUGUACCAGGCCUCUACUGCAGUGGCUGGGUGAAGAGGGGACCCACAGGUGUCAUCACCACGACCAUGACUGACAGCUUCCUCACCAGCCAGGUGCUGCUGCAGGACCUGAAGGCGGGGCUGCUGCCCUCUGACCCCAGACCUGGCUAUUCAGCCAUUCAAGCUCUGCUCAGCAAAAGAGGGGUCCGACCAGUUUCCUUCUCAGACUGGGAGAAGCUGGAUGCUGAGGAGGUCUCUCGAGGCCAGGGCACUGGGAAACCAAGGGAGAAGCUGGUGGAUCCACGAGAGAUGCUGCAGCUGCUGGGCCACUGACCCUGGGCUCCAGCCUCCACUGGGAAGAGAAGAGCCACGCAGGAGGAGGGGCCUGGGCUGUCUGGGCUGUGCUGACUGCUCUGGAGGCUGAGUUGUGGCCCUUCCAGAGCCUUCUGAGC